CGUAUCAUCGGACGUUACUAAGUGAAGAAUGGCUUUUCCGUCGCGACUGCCCCUAAGGGACAUUCCCUUCCGAUACCUACUCAACUUCUUCUCGGCGAUUCAGUCCUUAGCCGUUAUCCUGGACAACUCUGAUGAGAGUGUUGGCAGAGAGGUUCUCCGUGCACUAGGCUUAAUAGAGAAUCAGAGAAACUAUCUGUAUGACAUAUACAGACGACCAAUCUAUGAAGCAUUGAUAUCGCAUCGCGACUGGAAGGGAACUGUUCAAGAUCUCUACAGGGUUCUGAGUUCGACUAGUCAGACGCAGGCUUUACAGACAUUGUACACCUUUCUCCGUCAGAACCUGAAUGACCGUCGGCAUGUACCAGAUGAAGCAACGAAGGCGAACUGGGCGAUCUUACUGGAUUCAACGCAGUAUAGGAUCUCCCCUGAUAUUUCUUGGCCUCGAGUUCUCAUUAGAACAUACAUCUUUCCUACCUGUAGCCGCGUGCAGAAGAUUGUCUACAUGGUGUUCCCGUUCAGCACGGCUUAUGCGUCUGACAUGUACCAGUCUAUAAGCAACCUGAUGAACAACGUGAUUAUCUUUGCUUGGUUCCUGACCAUAGCACAGAACGCAAUAACCAUCUACCAGGAGGGACGUCUUCAAUACUCGGCUACCAUCUUCAUCUCACUUUCUCUCUGGAUCAAGCUUUACCUCAUGAACGAACCUUUUAAUCAACUUAGAGGAUUGUUUCCAUUGGGAACCGAUGAGCAAAAUCUUCGAAGGGCUGACUUCCUCUACAAGGAGAUUCGAAUCGCACUGCUUUUUGUGUUCUUCUUCAAGCUGGCUCUUGCCAUGCUCGGUUUUGCUUUGUUCUACGCCUUCCCAGAUUUCCUCCUAGAAGAUCUUCAAAGCAAGAUGACUCAGUUCGCCUUGUUUCUUUUCGUCUUUGAGUUGGCCCACAAUGCAUUCUAUUUGUUUACAUUCUAUAGGGACUCUAAUAUUUUCCGUAUCAUCAAUGAUUUGUUUCCUAUGUAG